AUGGUACUCGCAAACUGCAUCCGCUUCACCGCUACAGCUGCUGGCAAGCUUGGUCAGCGGGAUAUAUUCGCCAACUUUCGCAACCUAGUAACCGCCACCGUCACAUCGAGCUCCUCAUCCAUACCGGCCCAGGAGCAGCCGCGACGACAGCAUGCCUCGUACGGGAAAAUGUCCGGCUGGCAGAUACAUGCUUACGGUGUGCCACAGGAAGAGAUACAGUUUAGUGAUGGCAUUAAAAUGCCCAUCCUACGCUCACCCACCCAGCUGCUGGUGAAGGUGAAAGCGUCCUCAGUUAACCCGAUCGAUGUGGCCAUGAUCAACGGCUAUGGUGCAUCGGUGCUGAAUGCAAUGCGCUGCAAGGAUGGUGGAAUCGAGUUUCCUCUCGUGCUCGGCCGCGACUUUAGUGGGGAGAUUGUACAGAAAGGGUUGGGUAUUUCUAGCCGUGAGCUCGAAGUAGGCGAUGAGGUGUGGGGUGUUGUGCCGGUGCACUUGCAAGGUUGCCAUGCCGAUUACGUUGUCGUGGAGAAGUAUUGUCUGUUCAAGAAACCUUCCAAUCUAAGCAAAAUCGAUGCAAGCGCUAUACUGUACGCCGGUCUAACGGCCUGGUCGGGAUUGUACAUAACAGGACAUUUGGGCGAUCUGCUUGGCGCCAUUUCACCCGUUGGUGGUGGUGCGGGCAAGAAGGUGCUAGUGCUUGGUGCUGCCGGUGGGGUCGGAACGUUGGCGGUGCAGAUGCUGUUGGCUGAGGGUGUGGAAGUGUUUGCCACCUGCUCUACGGAUGCAAUGCAAAUGGUACAAAAUCUGGGAGUGAAAUACGUGCUGGAUUACACCGAUCCGGCGCACGUACAGAACGUGGCCAGUGUAGGAAGGUUUGAUAUUGUGCUGGAUUGUGCCGGAAAAGGCACCGAGUACGCAAACGAGGUACCAUGGUUGUUCGAUCAGUACAUCACGUUCAAUUCACCCGUACUUAAAAACAUCGAUGCGGAUGGCUUUGCGGCAGGCAUGUACCAGAAUGCGGUGAGUCUCGUGCGUAAUAAUGCGGCCUCGCUUAGCACCCGGCAGGGUCUGGUGAAGUGGGGCUACUUUGUGCCGGCACCACAAGGUAUCGCCUAUCUGCAGCGUUUGGCCGAAAAGGGAAAAUUGUUGCCCGUGGUAGAGAAAGUGUUCCCGUACGCUGGUACGCCGGAAGCGUACGAACGUGUCGCGCAAAAGCAUUUACGAGGGAAAGUGGUGAUCGACUUCGAGUAAGCGGAAUC